AUGCACGCCUUUCCCCACACCCCUUCUCCAGCACGCCUCACCCAGUGUCCCUCCCCCAGCACGCCCACACACCUCCCUCACUCCUUACUGGCUGAAUCAACUCUUUACCAUCCCACAGUGAACCCCUCCACCUCAAGAACCCCUCCACCUCAAGAACCCCUCCACCUCAAGAACCCCUCCACCUCAAGAACCCCUCCAUCUCAAGAACCCCUCCAUCUCAAGAACCCCUCCACCUCAAGAACCCCUCCACCUCAAGAACCCCUCCACCUCAAGAACCCUUCCAUCUCAAGAACCCCUCCACCUCAAGAACCCCUCCACCUCAAGAACCCCUCCACCUCAAGAACCCCUCCACCUCAAGAACCCUUCCACCUCAAGAACCCCUCCACCUCAAGAACCCCUCCACCUCAAGAACCCUUCCAUCUCAAGAACCCCUCCAUCUCAAGAACCCUUCCAUCUCAAGAACCCCUCCAUCUCAAGAACCCCUCCACCUCAAGAACCCUUCCAUCUCAAGAACCCCUCCAUCUCAAGAACCCCUCCACCUCAAGAACCCCUCCACCUCAAGAACCCCUCCACCUCAAGAACCCCUCCACCUCAAGAACCCCUCCACCUCAAGAACCCCUCCACCUCAAGAACCCCUCCACCUCAAGAACCCCUCCACCUCAAGAACCCCUCCAUCUCAAGAACCCUUCCAUCUCAAGAACCCCUCCAUCUCAAGAACCCUUCCAUCUCAAGAACCCCUCCAUCUCAAGAACCCUUCCAUCUCAAGAACCCUUCCAUCUCAAGAACCCUUCCAUCUCAAGAACCCCUCCAUCUCAAGAACCCUUCCAUCUCAAGAACCCCUCCACCUCAAGAACCCCUCCACCUCAAGAACCCCUCCAUCUCAAGAACCCCUCCACCUCAAGAACCCCUCCAUCUCAAGAACCCCUCCAUCUCAAGAACCCUUCCAUCUCAAGAACCCCUCCACCUCAAGAACCCCUCCACCUCAAGAACCCCUCCACCUCAAGAACCCCUCCACCUCAAGAACCCCUCCACCUCAAGAACCCCUCCACCUCAAGAACCCCUCCAUCUCAAGAACCCUUCCAUCUCAAGAACCCCUCCAUCUCAAGAACCCUUCCACCUCAAGAACCCUUCCAUCUCAAGAACCCCUCCACCUCAAGAACCCCUCCACCUCAAGAACCCUUCCAUCUCAAGAACCCCUCCAUCUCAAGAACCCCUCCAUCUCAAGAACCCCUCCACCUCAAGAACCCCUCCAUCUCAAGAACCCCUCCAUCUCAAGAACCCUUCCAUCUCAAGAACCCCUCCAUCUCAAGAACCCUUCCAUCUCAAGAACCCUUCCAUCUCAAGAACCCCUCCAUCUCAAGAACCCUUCCAUCUCAAGAACCCCUCCACCUCAAGAACCCCUCCACCUCAAGAACCCCUCCACCUCAAGAACCCCUCCACCUCAAGAACCCCUCCACCUCAAGAAACCUUCCACCUCAAGAAUCCCUCCACCUCAAGAACCCCUCCACCUCAAGAACCCCUCCACCUCAAGAACCCCUCCACCUCAAGAACCCCUCCACCUCAAGAACCCCUCCACCUCAAGAACCCCUCCACCUCAAGAACCCCUCCACCUCAAGAACCCCUCCACCUCAAGAACCCUUCCAUCUCAAGAACCCCUCCACCUCAAGAACCCCUCCACCUCAAGAACCCCUCCACCUCAAGAACCCCUCCACCUCAAGAACCCCUCCACCUCAAGAACCCCUCCACCUCAAGAACCCCUCCACCUCAAGAACCCCUCCACCUCAAGAACCCCUCCACCUCAAGAACCCCUCCACCUCAAGAACCCCUCCACCUCAAGAAUCCCUCCACCUCAAGAACCCCUCCACCUCAAGAACCCCUCCACCUCAAGAACCCCUCCACCUCAAGAACCCCUCCACCUCAAGAACCCCUCCACCUCAAGAACCCCUCCACCUCAAGAACCCUUCCAUCUCAAGAACCCCUCCACCUCAAGAACCCCUCCAUCUCAAGAACCCCUCCACCUCAAGAACCCUUCCACCUCAAGAACCCCUCCACCUCAAGAACCCCUCCACCUCAAGAACCCCUCCACCUCAAGAACCCUUCCAUCUCAAGAACCCCUCCACCUCUAGAACCCCUCCACCUCAAGAACCCCUCCACCUCAAGAACCCCUCCACCUCAAGAACCCCUCCACCUCAAGAACCCCUCCACCUCAAGGAGACAAAAGUGAAAACUAAAAACACAAGAGUGGAGGCAGCGCCAGGGUCGUACACAAUACGGCUGGUCUACAAGUGGCAUUAA